CCUAUUGUGAAAAUAAUCGCCGAAGUGUUCCGAUUGCAUUUAUGACGUCAAAUACCAAAAUAAACAUGGAAAAAUUACGUUUUCGUUUUUAAUUAACAUUGAAAUAACUGUCAUAUAUUGAGUCAAUCAGUGUGCUUUAAUCAACUUACGUUACAUUUUCGAAUAAUGGCUGAGAAGGAGCCAGUUGUUAUAGAUGAGGUGGUGACCUUGGACAUGGAUGAUAAUGAUUUCAAGAAUACGAGAACUGACUUUGCCUCAGUUGUAUUUCACAAUAUGGCUGAGACUUACCCUGAAGAUGCCCAUAUUGAGUGUAAAUACACAGUGACCUCUGACCUGGUUCCUACCACUAGAGACUAUGUUGCAUUGUACAAGGUGGGCUGGAUGUCACCCAGAGACUAUAUCUACUAUGAAUGGGCACCAAUACCAAAAGAAUACAAAGUAGGAUGUGAUGCAGACUCAAGUGUUCUGUUUCCAGCUCACAAGCUUCCAAAAGAUGAUGGAGAAUUUUAUCAGUUCUGCUAUGUGUCAAGUUCAAACCAGAUAAGGGGUGCGAGUACACCAUUCCAGUUCCGUCGGCCUGGUGCUGACGACUUUGUUGAAAUUGAUGAUGAAGAGACAAACAUGCUGGUGAUAAGAUCAAAGACCAUCUACCUGGAGGAAAAUUUACAACAAGCCCAAGCACAGAGACAGAAACUAAUUGAGGCACAAGAUGCCCUACAGAAAGAAAGAGAUACAAUUAUCACAAAAUACCAGGAGGUGAAAAACCAACUUGUCACUCUUGAAUCUGAACAUACAAAGUUGAAAGGUCAUCUGUCCACCAGUGAGAGCAAAGUUGAGCAGCUUAAAACUGAAGCCAGAGAUAUGACCACUGUAAGAGAUGAACUACAGACAAAAAUUGACAAGUUGAACAAGGAGAAAGUUACGUUGAAUGAGAAGAUUUCUUCGCUGACAUCCGACCUUGAUGCAGCUAAUACAACUAUUGCAAGUGUCACUGCAGAGUUAAAAGUCAAAAAGAAAGAAGUUACUGUGUUGCAAACAGAAAAAGAUGAACUGUCAGGAAGGAAUGCUCAGCUUGAAGAGGAAGCUGAAAUGUUUAAGAAACAUGUUCAGACAUCAGAGACGACUGUAGAUCAGUACAGUAAACAGUCAGAAGCACUGCAGAUGGAAUACGCUCAGCAGGAGUCGUUAAUUGACCACCUCAGACAACAAGUGGAGAAGUUGUCCACCGAACUAGAGGAUAACCGACGUAACCUUGAUAGUCAGACAGCUGUCAACAUACAAGAUAAGGAAAGAUUAGAGGAAAUGGUUGAGAGGCUAAAGAACGCCGAGGACAAGUUGAUGGCAGCUGAGGAAAGUAAGGUUAUACUUCAGAAAGAAAUUACAACAUUUGAAGUCACUCAGCAUGAAAUGAGUAGACAGAUUGAGAAAUCAAAGACAGAAUGUGAAAGUUUAAAGAAGAAGUUGGUCUCGUUAGAGGAAGAUUUUACCCAGAAAACAGAGAUACAGGCAGCAGAGAUGGAACAAACUUUAAACGAUGUGCUAUCAGCUGUACAGGAGAAAGAAAAGUUACAGAAAGAGAACGGUCAGUUAAAGCAGAGUUUGAGAACAACAUUAGAAAGAUCAGGCGAGAAUCAUGGAUCAAUGACAAUUAUGAAGCAGAGUCUUACACAGAUCAAAGAACGCUUGGAGAAGAGGGAGAGACAAUGUAAAAGUCUGGAGAAACAAAUGAAAAUAAGAGAGGAUGAGAUGUUGGAACGUGAAAGGGAAAACAGGCGUGAAAUCGAGGAUUUAAAGGAAAAGAUAUACAUGUGUGGUGAGGAAUAUAAGGCACUGUACAUUGAGAAAAACAAGCUACAGAAAAAACUUGACAGGAUCCUUAAUAAGAGGAAGUUGAAGUAUGGACAACAUGAAAAAGUAAAUGUUGCUGAACCAGUGAUAGAGACAAAUGUAAUGCAAAGAUCUGCACCAGUAUCAGAAGCAGAAACAGAGGUUGAUGUGCCACAAGAUCUUCUUAGAGAAAUUGAAAAUCUAGAAGAAACUCUUGACAAGAAGGUCUUAAAGAAAAACAAGUACAAACAGCUGUACAAGGAACUUCAAGAGGCAAGGCUGAAAGAGGCCAAGGAGAAAGAUGCAGAAAUAGCUAGCUUGAAGAAAAGACUGAGAGAACCUACAGAUGAAUCAGACUUGAAAAUCAGAGCUUUGCAGAAAUGUGUUACAGAAAAGGAACAGACCAUAGAGGAGCUUAAUUUCAAAUUGAGGAGUUAUAACCAAGGCUGUAAUGAUGAGACUGGAGCAAGUAUGUUACCUAGAGGGCCAGGAUUUCUCCCUCAAGAAGGUAAAUAUCCAUACCAUGAAGAUACCAUAAACUGGUCUCACAUGCAUGCACAUCAAGGACCAAUACAGUACCCACAUCCACCAGCAUAUCUACCACAGAUGUCUGGCCAAGUGCCACCAAUGUUCUGCCCAUACCCGCUACAAUAUCCUGCACAUGGACCACAACAACUACAGUGUCCCCCUGUACCACCAAGGACCAAUGUUCCUGUGAAAACAGACCAGAAGAAAAAUGAAACAGUGGAAGACUUGACAGUGUUGGAAAGUAGGAGAGACUCGGAGGAUGUUACACUAGAGGCACCAAUACAACCUCUACCCCCACCAAUACAGCCUGUACGUCUACCGUCAGCAAAACUUGCUGCUGUGAAGUCAGCUGCAGCAUUCGAUGACAUAGAUGGUAAGUUUACUGAUGCAUUUUGCUGUGAGACUGACCUGAAAGUUAAACUACCAGGUGUGCCAAGUGCACCGCUGUCAGCCAGUCUAGAUCUUGUUGGACCAGACAUUAAAGAAGACAGGUUUUAUGAUGCGGAAGGGAGUUCAAUGAAGUUAUGUCCAGAUUGUAACAAGACAUUCCCGGCUGAUGUUGAUGAACAAGUAAUGUUGGAACACCAAGUGUCGCACAUGGGGACGAUGUGCCCACAGUGUAUGAUGCUGAAACCGGACAACAUGACUGACGAUGAUUUCACCAGACAUGUUAAUCAACAUUAUGACGAGGAGGAGAGUCGUCAACUUGUCUAAACUUGUCUAAAACAUUCACACAGAUGUGCACAUUUAUAUAAACUCUUUUUAUUGUUUUUGUUCAUGUGAACUUUUAUAAAUAAAUGCGGUAUAGCACGGAAACUAUCAUAUACUAAUAAUUGAGGAGACAUUGUCAAAUUUUUUGUAGGGGUUGUUAUAAUUUUCAUUUUUUGCUGGUGGCUGGGUAGAGAAGCUGUAUACACAAUGGUGUACAAGCAAUAUUGACACACUAGAUAAGACUUAUGUAUACAAUUGUUUAUUAUAGUCAUGCACAGAUGUUUUUAACACAUGACUUUCCUUGUUGCCUAUGUAAUAUAACAAUAACAAGAUGCUCUAUAUGUAACAAGUGAAAUAUAUUAACAACACAUAUUUUGACAUUGUAAUAUUAUUAAAAAUUGUACAAUUUAUGGGAUAAAAAUGAAUGACUAAUAUACAUGUCAGAAUGAUUAUUUUGUUUGAUUGUAACAAUUUAAGUCGUGUCAUAAAAAUAAUCUUUCAUGAUCUGUCUUGGAACAUAAAAGUCAAUUAUAAACUGUUAAAAAGCUUUCCCAGUAAUUAGUGUGAGGUUAUAUUUAUAUCCGAAAAUAACAUAAACUUAUUAAAUGUACCAAUAUCAUUUAAAAUAAUCAGACUCCUCAAAGAAUAUUCUUGUAUUCGUUGUUUAAUAAUUAUGAUUUUAAUGAAAUUAGGAGGAAAAAUAUGUCUGUGUUUGUUAAUCAUACUUUUAUUUUCUGAUAUGAAAUGUUGAUAGAUACAAUUUAAGUUACAGCAAGCAGACUCAAAAUAGUUCAUAUAAGCUACAUUGUUCACAAUCACAUUAAAAUAAAUAUGAUUAAACUGUAUAUACAUAAGAUUGCUAACAGAUUAUUUUGCUGUGAUAAAUGUUGUGUGCUAGUGUUCUUGGAACAUGUGCUUCUUUAUUUUUAAUGAUUUACAAUUUUGUAAAGAUGUUAUGUUUUUUAAACCAUCUACAUGUAGUUUGAAGAAAUUCAAACUGGGAUUUUAUUUUUUCAUUGCAAUAUACUUUUCCCUUGUUAUAAAGAUUUAUUUUCUUGAUGAAAGAUGUUUGUUAAAUAUGAUCAUUAAAGUAUUUUUCAAGAUGUUUGUAUAUUUUACAGAUUUAAGCAGAAACAUGUCUAUGAAUUUUAACCCAAUUGAAUUUAAGGUUGCAAAUAAGUGUUUUAAAUCGACAGUUAUUCUUGCAUCAAGCAUCAUAUGUUAACUGUCCUGGAAACAGCUGUCAGUAAUUGCUAAUUGGUUUACUUGGUAUGUAACAUCCUUGUGUCUCCUGGUGCCAUGGACAGAUUUUCACCAAACUUGGUAUGCAAUUUCUGUGAAUGGCCAUCUAUAAAGUUUGCUCAUAUUUCUUUCACAGAACAGAAAGAUCAUUUCUUUUCAUUAAGCAAUGGAAGAAUAUCUCAGACUAUUUGUUCAAAUAUAUUUCACAAGCCUGUUUGAUGGUCACCUGAAGUAAAAUUUCAGGGUUCUAGCCGGGAAUUUCUAGAUGCAUUUUGUAAAUAAAAUAUUGGACAAGCAAUUUGGAAUGUUGACAUCUUAAAGGAAAGGAUAAUGAAUGUUAGCAAUGAGCUCAAUAAAUGUCUGCCAGUGUUGGAUGUAAAGAAAUGACUUCAGUCGUGUAUAACUCUUUAAAAUGAAUUAAGAAGUAAAAAGCUGGCAUAAUACCAAGAACAGUUUAUUUUUAAUGAAUAAAUGUAUGGAUCAUCACAAAAAAUGAUAUAUAAUGCCCUUUGAUGGUCAGCCCUUUUUCGUUUUCAAUUUUGGGCUGUUUGUCUUUGACAGGAGCUAUGGGACAUUAUAACUGCAGAAAAGACAUUCUUCUUUUCUUAUGGAUCAAUGUAUGUUUAAUAAGACAAAUGGGUUAGCACAGUUAUGAUAUCUUUAACACACAUGAAUUUGUGAUAUAUGUCUUGUUUUUAUUUCUUUAAUAUGUUUUGUUUGUUUUGUUGCUUAAAAAGGUUGACAGUGCUUGUUUUUGUUGCUUUUUGAUUUAUUUUGUUGACAAAUAAUUAGUUUUUAAUUUCUAACUUAUUUGAUAGAAGUUUUGUGAGACAUCAUGUUUUAUUCAUCUAUGUGCUUUUAUAUUUCAUUUCUUCCAUUUUUCAUUGUAAAGUAUUUUAAUAUUCAAUAAAAAAAGUGACUAACGUUUGUGCUGGAGGAUUCAUUAAUGUAAAACUUGUUUUCAAGAUAUAUUAUAGGAUAAAAAAUGCUUAAAUUUUGUCUCACUGAAAUGAGGCCUUACAAAAUUCUUGACAUCUUAAAUUUAACGCUCUUGUAGGUUCAGAAUUUAACUAUCAAAAUUAAUAGCAGUUGACAUAUUCCAAAGUAUACAUUUGGGGAUACAGUGGGGCACAUGUAAUUCUGUAAUUAUUGUACAUUGAGGUUUGUCAUGAGAAAAACAUGAAACUCAGUCAUGAUAUCCUCUUCAUCAUGUUUGUUUAAAUUU